AUGGCUUCCGGGCCUUCAACAGCUGCUAUAGGCGCCAGCGGUCCCAAGCCCACGCCUCUGCCAACGCACAGCGAGUCUGGAAAAGAGAAGAAGGAUCUGGCUAGCUGGUGGAAGAACUUCAAGAGGAGUGACAAGAAGGGUCAUGAGCCAGUCGCAACACCAGGUAUCUUUGGUGUCCCUCUCCAGACCAGCAUACGAUAUGCAAACGUUGCGAUCAGCUUGUUUAAUGAAGAGGGUCAAAGCUACAUCUACGGCUAUGUGCCAAUCGUCGUCGCCAAGUGCGGAGUCUUCCUCAAGGAUAAAGCAACUGAUGUUGAGGGCAUCUUCCGACUUGCCGGAAGCGAGAAGCGCAUCAAGGAGCUCAAGGUCGCUUUCGACAGCCCAGACCGCUAUGGCAAAGGUUUGGACUGGACUGGAUAUACAGUCCACGAUGCCGCGAACAUUCUCCGACGCUACUUCAACCAAUUGCCGGAGCCUAUAAUUCCUCUGGAAUUUUAUCAAAGGUUCCGCGAUCCAUUGAGGAAUCAUCAAGCUCAGGCUGUGGGGGCGAUCGAGGCGCAGAGUCCGAGUGAGGGCGAAUUUGACCAUGUCGCUGCCAUCAGAGUCUACCAAAGUCUCAUCACAGAACUGCCGCCUUUAAACCGCCAACUGCUUUUGUACAUUCUCGACCUGUUGGCAGUUUUCGCCAGCAAAUCCGACAUGAACAAGAUGACUACUCACAACCUCGCCGCAAUCUUUCAGCCCGGCAUCCUGAACCAUCCGCAGCACGGAAUGGCACCUGAAGAAUACCGCUUGAGUCAGGAUGUGCUCAUUUUCCUGAUAGAGAAUCAAGACAGCUUCCUCAUCGGGAUGCAAGGAACCGCAGCAGACCCGGAAACUGUGAGAGAGGUCCAGAGUGGUGCUCCCGCCAAGGGUCCCGCAACUCCGACAACACCAAGCCGGGCCAAGACUGUCAUCGGUCGUUCUACCUCGAAUUCGAGUGUAGCCGCGGAGAGUGUACGCAAAUGGGGUAGCAUCCGCCGAAACGUCUCUGUGUCGAGUAAGCACAGCAAACAAUCGGAGAGCGUUGUACAGACAGGCAGCCCUGUGGCCACACCUCCUACACCUACCGGCGCCGUGCACAGAAGUAACACUGUUCCCUCAAGGCGUGGUGUCAGUGCCACGCACUCGCCUCGAUUCACGCGCGAUAGGCACUCGGGCUCUCCAUCUCCGAAUACGUCUCCAAAUCCAGGCCCGUCAGGAGAUGCAGGCAAGUCCGACGCGCAGCCACAGCGACCUGUCACGGCUGAGCGCACACCUGCUGGGCCAACGGCUUUAGCCACGAAAACGGAGCCAUCUACUACCGCAGACCGGUCGGAGUCACUUCAGAACACUCCCAUCGCUGCCGCGGCUCCAGCGUCCCUCCAGCGGAGUUCUGGCCCGACCAGUUCUGAAACAUUGGUUCCCGUUACCGCGCCUAUCGAAACAAGAUCGGCAUCCUUCAACGAGGCAACCACGCCAGUGGCAACGACUGGCGCCAACAAGUCCUCACCGUCUUCAAGGGAUCACCAGACGCCAGCACGGGACUUCACUCCGGUGAUCCCGCCGCGGAUCAGCAGCGACAGAUCAACCAACAAUUCCGCCAGCAACACUCCUUCGAAUUCGAAUACGUCAGGUCGCAAGUUCCUCGAUAUCCUGCAAUUGUCUCCUGAAGGAGAAGGGCGAAAGCCGAACAAGCUGAGGAAGAAGCGUCAGCCAGGAUCGGCCAUGUCGAGCGCACAUUCAUCUACCCACUCAUUGGACGAACGCGCCGAGAGAUACUACGAGCCAGCCCAGCACCCUAGGAUGAUCUCACCUGGUCGCGCUGGAAGCGCAGACAUGCGCGGUGUGACAGACAACAACGUCAUCUCCCAGAGUGCUCAGGUGCCAGCUACGCCGCAACGUACUACGACAGACGCGACAACGAAGCCAGCGAUUUCACCCUCAAAUUCAAUGCGAUCUCACACCGACGUUUCAGACGCAGACAUGGUAGGCGACGACAUGCCAUUCAGCGAUUCCGAGCACCCCGAGAAAAAGAAGCGAAAUCGAUGGCGUUUCUCUCGCUCGCAGGACAAGCCGGAGGCGCCUACAACCCCUGGAAACCAUCCAUUUGGAACAAUGACGGGCCGAGAACAAGCGAUGUCCCGAUCUACAAUCGGCAGCGGAGGGUCAUACCCGCGGAAAAGUCUGCAGCAAGACGCGCCUCCGUUGGCAAGCGUCGGCACCGAGCCUGUUCCUGGAUCAUCGCCUGAUCAGCGUGGCAUCCAUCCUGCGGCAACAUCUGAUGUGGUCUUCUCAGAUUCUGAACGGGAGAGAAAGGGACCCAUGUCGUGGCUGAGGAACAAACUCCAUGAGCGAAAGGAAAAGGACGCCGAGAAGCGGUCUCAGACGCCGGAUCGUGCGGGCCACGAGCGUAAUAAGAGCAAGAGUGACGUGUUGCUUACCGCGGAGUCCCGUUCUAUCCGUGGAAGUUCUAUUGACGACAAGCGACCCAGCUUGGAACGACCCGUCACGACUGCAUCUCAAACCACGGCAACACCGGCGACUGAAGGUCUUGCAGCUGCCGGAGAUACUCCCGUCCACAAGACGCAAGGAGAGAAUGUCGAACCGACUGUGGAGACGAAGACGGAGCCGAAUUUGGAGUCAAAGCCGGAGACCAAUCAAGAAAGCAUUGCCGGCGCCAAGGUGACAGAUUCGGUGUGA